GAGGCGCAGCGGGGCCUCGGGACAGAAAACAGCCCAGGGCGGCGACUUGAGGGACAAGCGCGCUGGAAUCCCUGGAGGCCAACACAGUUGUAGGUAAUAAGCCUUAACUAUUCCCAUCUACGGUGAAGGAUACUGAGGAUCAGAAGAGCCACCGUGGACAUUUGGCUUCCUAAAUCCAAGCUUGUCCAGGAAAAGGAGAGAUGUCCCAUACGAGUCCCUAGUAGAUGCCAGGCCAUCCCACCAUCCCAUCACUCUAAUAGCCCUGCAAGGGAGGCACACUGUUGUAGCCAUGGUGAGCGAGUUUCCGGGUCCAGGUUCUCGGGUUCCCUGGCGGCCAAGAGAAGAGGCGCUGCGCGUGAACGUGGGCGGAGUGCGGCGGCUGCUGAGCGCGCGCGCCCUCGCGCGCUUCCCGGGCACGCGCCUGGGCCGCCUACAGGCGGCGGCGUCCGAGGAGCAGGCGCGGCGCCUGUGCGACGACUACGAUGCAGCGGCGCGCGAGUUCUACUUCGAUCGUCACCCGGGCUUCUUCCUCGGCCUGCUGCACUUCUACCGCACCGGUCACCUGCACGUCCUGGAUGAGCUGUGCGUCUUCGCCUUCGGUCAGGAGGCUGACUACUGGGGCCUGGGCGAGAACGCGCUGGCCACGUGCUGCCGCGCGCGAUACCUGGAGAGGCGUGUGGCCCGGCCUCGCGCCUGGGACGAGGACAGCGACGCUCCGAGCAGCGUGGACCCGUGUCCCGACGAGAUCUCCGACGUGCAGCGGGAGCUGGCGCGCUAUGGUGCGGCCCGCUGUGGCCGCCUGCGCCGUCGCCUCUGGCUCACCAUGGAGAAUCCAGGCUAUUCGCUGCCCAGCAAGCUCUUCAGCUGCGUGUCCAUCGGCGUGGUGCUCGCCUCCAUCGCUGCCAUGUGCAUCCACAGCCUGCCGGAGUACCAAGCCCGGGAGGCGGCGGCGGCGGUGGCUGCAGUGGCCGCGGGUCGCAGCGCAGAGGAGGUGCGCGACGACCCGGUGCUGCGCCGCCUGGAGUACUUCUGCAUCGCUUGGUUCAGCUUCGAGGUGUCGUCACGCCUGCUGCUGGCUCCCAGCACGCGCAACUUCUUCUGCCACCCGCUCAACCUUAUCGACAUCGUGUCGGUGCUGCCCUUCUAUCUCACACUGCUGGCUGGCGCGGCGCUUGGUGACCAGCGUGGAGCCAGCGGGGAGGAGCUCGGGGACCUGGGCAAGGUAGUGCAAGUGUUCCGCCUCAUGCGCAUCUUCCGCGUGCUCAAGCUGGCGCGCCACUCCACCGGGCUGCGCUCGCUGGGCGCCACGCUCAAGCACAGCUACCGUGAGGUAGGCAUCUUACUGCUGUACCUGGCCGUGGGCGUGUCAGUGUUCUCCGGCGUGGCCUACACAGCCGAAGAAGAAAAUGAGGGCUUUCACACAAUCCCUGCCUGCUGGUGGUGGGGCACAGUGAGCAUGACCACAGUGGGCUAUGGCGAUGUGGUGCCGGAGACUGUGGCUGGCAAGCUGGCGGCCUCAGGCUGCAUCCUCGGGGGCAUCCUGGUGGUCGCCCUCCCCAUCACCAUCAUCUUCAACAAGUUUUCCCACUUCUACCGGCGCCAGAAGGCACUGGAGGCGGCUGUGCGGAGCAGCGGCCAGCGCGAGUUUGAAGACUUGCUGAGCAGUGUCGACGGGGUAUCGGACGUGUCCCUGGAAACAUCCCGGGAGACUUCUCAGGAGGGGCGCUCUACAGACCUGGAGACCCAAGCCCCCAGUGAGCCUGCAAAAUCUCACAGUUAUUAAAACCAGGGCGCUGCAAUCCCUCCCCACAGCCUGGGAAUCAGCUCAUGUAGAGCAGAGUCCUCCCCUGCUUAGGGUCUGUAUGGGAGCCAUCCACCUGAGCCGUCAGACAUAGGGGCCACAGAUCUUUCUUGAAAAGCCCAGGCAGGAUAGUACUGCCCACGAAAGGCCUCCACUAAAGUAGGUGCGCACCAAGAGGAGGAAGAGGGCGGCCUCCAUAGGAACCUUUAGCCUGGCAGAUGAUUAUCCCCAUUUCACAGAUGAGCACACUGAGGCUCGGCCAAAUGCCACAGAGAAAUCAGCCUUUAUCACUAAGUCCCUGGAAGGAGCUGGGGGGCUGAGUCUUUGGAAUCAGUAGGAUCUAUAGCACAAACAUCUGCCACACCUACUUCCUAGGGAUAACUUACAGAGAAAGCCUGAAUAGACACUUCUGGGACCCAGACCCAACUCUUUACCUGCCACAGGAAAGGUGGCCAAGGCCCGUCCCCAGAACUAGAUUCUAGCCAAUCUGUCACAGCGUGUGACCCAGAGAGAUUACUGAGAAGGCCCAACUCAUCUCUGAACUGUUGGUGGCAGAGGGGUGCCGUGCAUGCUCCUGGCUGGACUUCUUUAACGUGAUACAAGCUAGAGUUAUCUGGGAAGAGGAACCUCUAUUGAGGGAACACCUCCAUCAGUUUGCUUGUAGGCAAGCCCUGUGGGACAUUAGCUUGAUUUAUGAUUUAAUAUAGGAGGGCCCAGCCCACUAUGGGCGGUACCACUCCUAAGCAGGUGGUCCUGGGGUGUAUAAGAAAGCAGACUGAACUGGCCAUGGGAGCGAGUCGGUAAGCAGCAUUCCUCCGUGGCCUCUGCUUCAGUUCCUGCUUGCAGGCUUCUGCCUUAUGCUCCUGCCUUGGCAUCCCUCUGUGAACUAUGACCUGGGAUAUGUAAGCCAAAUAAACCCUUUCCUCUCCAA